GGGAACAAUUAACAGAAGAGACUCGAUUAUUAAUCUCACCUUGAAAUGAAAGACGAAGAAGAAAAAAAAACACCAAGAGUGACAUUGAUUUUUUUAGAACAAUUAACAAUUUAAGAGUAACGAAUAGUAAGAAGCUCAUCAAGUUAAUUAAAUGGAAUACAAUUAAACUGAAGGAUCUAACAAUUAAAUCUUAUUUCACUAAGAUGCCGGAGAUAUCCUCAGGUGAUCCUAAUUGUGUUACAGAAAGAAAACAAACCAUGUAAGAGAAUCAGAUGGACAUCGAAAAUAGAAUUGAGAAAAUAUCUACUUACCUUAACAUCACUUUCUCACUUUGAUAUUUUCGCAAAAAUGAAACGCAACAAACCAACAACUUUGAUCACAAUUAACUUAUCAUUAACUUUAAUUGUAAUCAUAAUAUUCUGUUUAUCAACAACAAAUUGUCAACUAUCAGCUCCAUAUGAAUUAACACUGGGCCAUCCACUGGCUUUACCAGUUAUCGCCAAUAACUUAUCAUCCUCAUCAACAACUACAUCAUCAUUAUCUUCAUCAAGUACUGACUUUAAUUCACCAGAUUAUCUGGGUCUUGGUAUUGCAAAGUUCAAAAGAGAUUCAUCUUUAUCCUCAGCAUCUCCAUGUGGAUCAGAAAUAAAUCGUUCAGAGGGAUGGAUACAAUCACCUAAUUAUCCAUCUAAUUAUCCUGAUUCCGUUUAUUGUGUUUACACAAUUAACCGAUAUAAUCACGAUGUUUGUCGAGUUGAGGUUCGACUCAAUGAUUUUGAUCUUGAAGAUACUCGACCUUAUUGUGAUGCCGAUUAUCUUGACAUUGGAUCGGGUUCAAGGAUGUGUGGGUCAUUAAUUCCCGAUGCUAAAUUUAUCACUUAUUUCAAUAUCGGCGAGUACAAGUUGGAUAUUAUUUUUCGAAGUGACCAUCAACGGACUCGAAAGGGAUUCUUGGCACAUAUCAAGCAAAUUCCCAAUUCUUGUGGGGUUCUUGAUGACCUACUAGGUGGUUCAGUGAUUCCAUCGAGGAAAGUGACAUUCGGUGACGAUGUAACAAUCGGUGGUAACAAUCGAGUCGGCCGACAGUUCAAUACACCUUUAACUCCACCCGAGACAACGUGCGACACAACCAUCAGCUCUUACAAUGGUUAUAUAAGGUCACCUUUAUGGCCGACCGAUUACCCGCCUAACAUGCAUUGUGUUUAUAGUUUACGUCGACCAGCAAUUAACGUUUGUCAGGUCGAAUUGGAAAUGGUUUCAUUUUCAAUCGCUUCCGAUGGUUACACUUCAACCGAUAAUGGACACGAGUGUUCAUCCGAUUUCCUCGAAUUUCCCGAUCGAAGUCGACUUUGUGGUUAUCGAAAAGAUAAACGGACCUACACUUAUCCCUCGAAUUCUGAUUCAAUUAGUCUCAUCUUUAAAAGCGAUUCCAAAGGUUCAGCAUCGGGUUUCAAUAUCCAUGUGAGACAAAUACCAUAUUCAUGUGACAUUUAUCGGGCACCAAAAGCAAACAAAUGUGAUCAAACAAUUAACUCAAGUCGAUUUCGUCUUCGAUCCCCUGGAUACCCUGGUUUCCAUGGUUCGAGGGAAAAUUGUAUCUACACCAUAGAAAAGGCUUCAACGGGAAUCUGUGGUUUCGUCAUGGAUUUUAUUCAUUUCUCAUUGGAACCCGGUAGAGAUAAAAAUGGCCUUUGUAAUAAGGAUUAUCUUCACCUUCCGGACGGUGAUAGACUUUGCGGAAAUGUGACCGGAAGAAAGAGCUUUGUCUUUCCACAAACAAUUAACAGCUCGAUGCAAAUGUUUUUCUCGAGUGAUGGUUAUAGAGAAAAUUCUGGCUUCGAUAUUUUAAUCACUCAAAUCGAUUGUGCUUCGACGACUUCAUCCUCGAUUGUACCUGAUCCAUAUUUACCAAGACGAGGGUUACUACGACCUCCUCCGUCUUCACAAUCAUUGAACCCAAGACAACAAUCGUCGACACCACCUUCGGAACCACAACUGUGUAAUAAACUGUCCAACUCUCCGUUAGAUGUGAUUACAAGUCCACAUUAUCCAGCUGAUUAUCCUCCGUAUUCAAGGUGUUCCUAUGUUAUCCAUCGGUCAUCGCCAGAUAUUUGUCAGGUCAAGUUACAAUUUCUUAACCUCGAUUUGGAAAAAACUUUAGACUGCCGAGCAGAUUAUUUACAAAUUGAAUCGACAAAUGAAAAAUUCUGUGGCCGUCAAUGGUUCCUACCAGAUAAAAUUAUACGAUUCCCUUAUAAUUCUGACAAUUUAAGACUCAAUUUUAUUUCCGAUGGACAAAUCAAUCGACCAGGUUUCGAAAUUAGAACAACUCAGAUUAGAAAUUCAUGUUUCCGACCGGUCAACGAAGAAGAAUCAAGUGGCCUGACCACAGAUAACAACAAUGUUUGCGAUUCAUCAAAUCUAAUUAAAAGUGUUUUCCGAAGUGCUAAUUAUCCAGCUCCAUAUCCAGCGAAUGUCAAUUGUAUCUAUCGAAUUGAAAAAUACUCUCGAAAUGUUUGUCGGGUCAGUUUAAUGUUUUCCGAUUUUUCCGUGGGCACAUGGGAACGACAGCGAAUCUGUGUCAACGAUUUUCUCUCCAUUAACGGUAAACGUUACUGUGGCUAUCGACGGGGAGAAGUUCUAACAUUGGACUUUCCCCUGGACCAGUCGUACAUUGAUAUUCACUUUAAAACCGAUUCGGUUGACCAUUAUGGUGGAUUUAGAAUUGACUAUAAACAGGAAACAGCUGAUUGCGAAUUCGGGUCUUCUUCUCAAUCGCCUCUUCCCCCGCCACUUAAUCGUCGUCUCAUCUCAACCGGGUCUUCGUGUACAGGUCAGAUAUUUUAUCGAACAUCGUUCACCAUCUCGACACCGGGAAUCGAUUCGGGCUCAUAUCAGGAAAAUCUUGAUUGCGGUUAUUUGGUUCGCAAGGCUUCAUAUGAUGUUUGCGCACUCGAAGUGAUUUUCAACUUGUUUGAUUUAGAAGAAUCAACUAAUUGUGUUAAAGAUCAUUUAGAAAUUGAUGGAAUUAAAAUUUGUGGCAAGUUACCAUCAAAUUCAGUUCGAACCUAUGAGUUUAAAGACAAUGAAUUGUUGAUCAAAUUUCACAGUGAUUCCAAUGGAACCGGAGCUGGACUUCUGUUGACUUUAAAGCAAAUCAAAUGUUGAUUGGGAUUUGAUUGUUUUUUUCUUAAUAAUCUUUUUGUUUUGAUUGGUAACAAAAAAAUUAACGCAAAUGUGAAACCGAAGGCGCCGAAAUUGGAAGCUUACUUGGAUUUGAGUCUUUUCAAUUAUCUAAUUAAGAGAAUUGUUGUUAAUCAAAAAAUAUUUUCACUGUGUUAACUCAUGAUCAUCAUCAAUAAUCAUCAUUUAAAUACUCUGUAAAUGAGUGUAAUCUUUUUGUGUGUUUGUUUACAGCGUUUGCCGUUGAAUAACCAGCCAAAUAAAAAACAUUUUCAUGUUUCUUUUUAUA